UUAAAAGAAGUCUUGCAUUGAAAUUAAUGGCUUGGUAGCCAAUCAGAUUAUCCAGCGUGGGCGAUCAACACAAGAAGUCCUACUUUCAAAUUAAUGGCAUAGCAGCAAAUUAGGAAAAUCAGAGUUGAAAUUUGUUACAUGGUAGCCAAUUAAAAUAUUCAAGUGAUGCUAUUUGAGACGAAUUAGGAGAAGUGAUGCCCAUACGAGUUGUUAGAUCGAGUAGUGAGAAUGGAGAUUCUCUUCUAUCUCAUUUCAUGCCUCCUGCUUUUUACAAAUCAUAAUGACCUCCAUUGUUCAGGGCAGACAACGCAGAAAUUGGAAUACCCAUAUCCUUUUAUGACAGUAGAUGUUGAGAAGGCAGCCGCAAGAACAUAUGAUUACAUUGUGGUUGGGGGAGGUACAGCAGGGUGUCCUCUGGCUGCAACUCUGUCACAGCACUAUUCUGUUCUGUUAGUGGAAAGAGGAGAUUCCCCCUAUGGAAAUCCUGACACUGCAGACAUUAAAGGUGUUUUCAAGGUUCUUGGGGAUCCCACUGAUUUCCCUUAUGUCAUGCAGGGAUUUGUCUCAGAUGAGGGAGUGCAGUUAGUAAGGGGAAGAGUUCUGGGAGGUGGAACAGCCAUCAACGCUGGUUUCUACAGCAGGGCAAGCUCGGAAUUCAUUCGAGAGAUGGAGUGGGAUGAGAAACUUGUGAAUGAGUCUUACGAAUGGGUGGAGAAGUUGAUGGCCUUCAAACCAGACAAGCUUUUCCGUUGGAAUUCUGCUGUGAAGGAUGCACUUUUGGAAGCUGGAGUGCUUCCUUACAAUGGGUAUACUCUGGAUCAUUUGGAGGGAACCAAGUUUAGUGCUUCAACCAUUGACAACGAGGGAAGGAGACACACAGCUGCAGAUCUUCUGCAAUAUGCUAAUCCAGAUAACAUUGUGGUCCUUCUGAAUGCUACAGCAAGCAAAAUCCUUUUUGAUUCCUCAUCAGGAAUAUUGAAGGCUAUUGGUGUUGAGUUGAUUAGUAGUGUUGAUGAUCUCAUUUAUCAAGUAUAUAUCAACCAAUUGUCACAUUGGAGUGAAAUAAUUUUGUCAGCUGGAAGCAUAGGUAGCCCUCAACUUCUUUUAUUAAGUGGAAUUGGCCCCUCUGAACAACUUGAUGAAUUGAACAUUACUAUAUUAUUAGAUAUAAACUCAAUAGGGAAAAGGAUUCAAGAUCCACCACGCCAAACAGUCAUUCUAGAAUCCCCUGAACCACUUGAAUUUGAACAAGCACAAGUAGCGGGUAUACUAGACAAUAGCCAAGUCUACAUUGAGGCUCUUAGCCUUUUUCAACAACAAAAUUCCAUAGACAAUCAAUAUUUAGGGGCUUUUGUUAGCAAGGUGGCCUUUCCCUUAUCAAGGGGUGAACUUCGACUUACUAGUAAAAAUCCCCAAGAUAACCCAUUUGUAAGAUAUAACUACUUUUCUCACACAUUUGAUGUACAAGAAUGUAUUCUUGUUGUGAAGCUAUUGUCAAAUCUUACCAUGGCAACUUCUAUCCGAGAAUUUACAUUUAAUGGUACACUUCGAUUUAUAGGAUCAAAAUUGCCACAAAACAACCUAGACAAUAAUGCUUUGGAAAAAUUCUGUAAAGAUACAGUAUCAACAUUUUGGCAUUACCAUGGAGGGUGUGAAGUUAAUUAUGUGGUUGACAAAAUGUUUCAUGUGAAAGGUGUCGAUAAUCUAAGGGUUGUUGAUAGUUCAAUUUUCAAAGAUAGCCCUGGGACCAAUCCGCAAGCCACUAUCAUGAUGCUUGGAAGGUUUGCAGGUGUUCGUAUUCUUCAAGAACGGAUGAACAUUUGUGAAUAUUAAACCAUUUUCAAAUCUCUGUAAAAUAAAAUGUUACAAACUUAUACCUUUUACUUGUUAUAACCAAUGAAUGGAAUUGUUUCAUUUCUAUUAA